UAAAAUCUUUUUAAAAACAAAAUAAUAUUGGAGGAGGGUGAUAGAGAGAUAGGAGAAGGAAACUCAAUGUCGCCGAGGGAACAACGAAACCUCAGAGAGAAAGAGCGACGAACGCGCAUGAAACAUCUCUUCAUUAUACUCUCUUCUCAUGUUUCUCCCACUCAUAGGUUGCCAGUGCCUCAACUUAUAGAUCAAGCGACAUCAUACAUGAUCCAGUUAAAAGAGAAGGUAAAUUAUCUGAGGGAGAAGAAAAUGAGUUUGUUAGGAGAAAUGGGGAAUUACUCUGAACGGUCAUCGUCUCUUCUGCCGAAACUCAGUAUCUAUUCGAGGGACUCGACCAUAGAAAUGAAUCUGAUUAUGGAUCUGAACAUGAAAAGAGUAAUGCUACACGAACUUGUAAGUGUGUUUGAAGAAGAAGGAGCUCAAGUUAUAAAUGCUAAUCUUCAGAACUUGAAUGAUAGGAUGAUCAUUUAUACAAUCGUAGGCCAGGCUAUCAUAUGUCGGAUCGGAAUUGAUCCAUCAAGGAUAGAAGAGAGAGUAAGGGAUCUCAUCUUUUGAUGAAGCACAGAAGCAGUAUCAAAGUCCGAAUCAUUAGUCUACAUUACACUAGUGUUAAUGCAAUGUUAUGUAUACGUUCUUUAAAUUCUUUAUAAUGUUGUUUUUGAGUUCCAUUAUGUAAGCAUG